CUAUUUAGAGUAUCCAAAUCCCAGUACCUUGCUACCAUUCAGAGAUUAAUCCCGCCAUGGCCAUUCAAGUUUCAUCCCACAGCUUCACUGUCAAACGCAAAUACAGAUUUGAUGUUUUUUUGAGUUUCAGAGGCGAAGAUACUCGCCACACCUUCACUGUGCCUCUCUACAAUGCUUUGCGGCGUAAGGGAAUCAACGCCUUCAUUGACGACAAGAGGCUUGGAAAAGGGGAAGAGAUCUCACCUACGCUUCUUAAAGCAAUUGAGAGAUCAAGAAUUUCCAUUAUUGUGUUCUCUAAGAACUAUGCUACUUCAACAUGGUGCCUAGAGGAACUCGCUCAUAUCAUUUGGUGUCAGAAGCAGAACAAACAGCUGGUUAUGCCCCUUUUUUACAAGGUGGAUCCGAUAGAUGUUCAAUAUCAGAGAAAUAGCUUUGAAACAGCCAUGGCUGCUUAUGAAGAUAGGUUCGGAGAUGACCCAGAGAAAGUGCAGAAAUGGAGGUUUGCUUUGUCUGAAGCAGCUUCUCUGUCAAAAGCCUGGCUUUUUGAAGAUGGGUAUGAAUUUGGGUUUAUUGAAAGGAUUGUUAAAGAUGCAUAUGCUAUGUUGCCUCCUAAACGCUUACAUAGUCCUGGGUACAUGGUUGGACUUGAGCCUCGCGUGGAAGAAGUGAUUUCACUUUUAAAUCAAUCCAAUGACAGAGUUUGCAUGUUGGGCAUUCAUGGAACUGGUGGAAUUGGCAAAACAACACUUGCAAAGGCUGUCUAUAAUUCAAUGUUUUACCAGUUUGAAGGUGCAUGUUUUUUGUUUGAUGUCAAAGAAGCAACAAAGAAAUACCAGGGCAUCGUUCGCCUCCAACAGAAACUUCUAUCAAAGAUUCUUGCGGAGAAGAUUAUGAUGAUUGGGAGUGUUGAUAAAGGAAUGUCAAGAAUAAAACAUAGACUUUCUCACAAAAGGGUUCUUUUGGUUCUUGAUGAUGUUGAUGAGGUUGAACAGUUAGGACAACUUGCGGGAGGAUGCGAUUGGUUUGGUUUUGGAAGCAAAGUUAUUAUAACAACAAGAAAUAAGCAAAUGCUAGUUGCACACAAUGUUGGAAAAAUAUAUGAAAUGAUGAAGCUGAAUGAGUAUGACUCUUGUGAGCUCUUUUGUUGGCAUGCCUUCCAAAUGAACCAACCUCCCUUAACCUAUCAAGAUAUGUCUAGUCGUGCAAUGAGUUAUGCACAAGGCCUUCCUCUGGCAUUAAAAGUAAUAGGCUCCAAUUUGGCAGAUAAAAAUUUAGAGGAAUGGAAGUUUAUGAUGGAACAAUAUGAAAGGAUCCCAGAAAGAACAAUUCAUGAGCUUCUAAAGAUAAGCUAUAAUUUCUUACAAGCUGGUGCUAAGCAUAUUUUCCUAGAUAUUGCUUGUUUUAUUACCAACGAGAUGAUGAGAUCUAUUAAAGAAAUAGUAGAAGCUUGUGAUUUUGGUGCUAGGUUUUAUCUUGAAGUUCUUGUCGACAAAUCUCUGAUAACUUUAGUUGAUGGUGGUAAUUUUUUUUUCAUGCAUGAUCUAAUACGACAGAUGGGAAGAGAGAUUGUCAGACAAGAGGCACCAUUAAAUCCUGAAAAGCGCAGUAGAUUAUGGUAUUACAAAGACGUUCUUAAGAUACUGCGUGAAAAUCUAGGAUGCAAUAAUGUUGAAGGAAUAAUGCUUGAUCCUCCAGAACAAGAGGAAGUAAACUGGAGUGGUACGGCCUUUGAGAAGAUGAAUAAUAUUAGAAUUCUUGUUGUUCGAAAUGUUCAAUUUUCAACUGGCCCUACCUAUCUUCCUAAUAGUUUAAGGUGGCUUGAAUGGGAGGGAUACCCUUCUGCAACUUUGCCAAAAGAUUUUUAUCCUUCAGAGCUAAUUUUCUUGAAGUUGCCUAGAAGCUCUUAUAGACUAAGAGAGCCAUGCAAGCUGUAA